AUGGCCAGGCAGCUGGGCCCGCACGAGCUGCUGCACGUCUUCUCCUUCCUGGAAGCGCGCGACCUGCUGUGCGCCGCGCAGGUGAACAAGGUCUGGAAUGAGGUUUCUAGGACCAAGGAACUGUGGAGGCAGCUAUGUUUGAGACGCUGGUCUUGCAAAGCCUCCCCAGUGGUUGUGAGCACACAGACAUGGAAACAGUACUAUUUCUGCCGGUCUGAGCUAGAGUUCCGAAUGGAAUCUGGGCGGCCACAGGACUUCAUCUGCAAAGCUAUUCCUGGACACACAGGACAGGUAGAUCAGCUGGCCUACAUCUCAUCCAAUGAAUAUUGCUUUGAUGGAAGGGCAAAAUCUGUGGUUUGUACUGUGUCCUUAGAUGGUACUGUGCGUGCCUGGGAUUUACGUGAGGACACAGAGCUGUGGUCCAGCUCUGUUCAGCCUGCUCCUCUGGUGAAUUUGGUGGCUUAUCCUGAGCUACAACUGGUUGUUACCGUGGACAACCAGGGGUUGAUCAAGGUGUGGAAAGCAGAGAAUGGGUAUGAGCUGGGAUCCUUCCGCCUACCAACCUACUCUUCUUCAAUGGAGACCUGUGGCGACACAGAGAGCCCCUUCCUGCUGGCAGCCUGUGCUGAAGGGGACCUCUAUUCACUGAUAGUGCCUCAGCUGCAGGUGGUCUCCAAAGUGACUGCAUUUCCUCACACUUCUGUGAGUCUCGACUGCUCUCCAGACCAACAGUGGGUGUGCACAGCUGCACAAGGUUCAGACUUGGGCCCAAAGGUGUACUACACUCGGUCUUUGCUGUAUCCAUCAGAAGACAAACCUCCUAUCUUCACUACCCUCCCCAUCAGGCUGAGCUGCAGAGCCUGCUGGGCCCCUGCUGAGGCAGCCAGGCUGAUGGUGAUGCACAGAAGUGACUUCAGCACACAGCUGGCUGUUACCACCUUCGAGUUAAAGGCAGAGAAGUCCAGGGAUAGAGUGAACCUCCUGGCACAGCAGCUGGUCAGUUUCCUCUUGCCAGAUACCAUGGUUCCACCACAGCUCAUGCAGGGCCACCUAUCCCAGGUGAUUCUCCUUGCCUCUGGGUCAAAGCUGGUUCUGUUCACCACACAUGGCCUGCAGCUGGUGGCUUUCCAGGAUCACCAGAAGCCCAUAACAUCCAUGUGGGUGGACCAGGACAGAGUCAUCACCUCUUCCUUGGACCUCUCUUUGCGUGUCUAUGUGUGGAAUAAGAAAAGUGAAUUUCCUGUCCUCGAGAGCUGCUACCAUUUGCUUGGUGGAUCCCACAGAUGGGCUCGUGGAUUUACCCAUGUGAAAAGUGACAGCAUGAGCAUUGUGGGCGUAGAAGCCAGAAGCACCAGAACAAGUAUUCUGAGGUCAUAUUACUACAGAGUUCAGCUUUGCUAA